AUGAAACGAGUUCUUCUUAGAAAUCUCCGUCUCUACGCUCGUACUCGUCUUCUCUCUCCUCCCUGCUACAAUCCGGGCCGUAGAUCCCAACUCGCUCCACUCGCUGCUUCGACUCGGCCCAGACUUCGCUUCUACUCGACCGAGUCUCAAUCGCACAACCAAGAGGAUGAUGUCAGUAAUGAAGAGCUGAAAAUGCAAAUUGACAAGUAUUUUCGAGGGGAUGAGGAGGCCAUACCAUCAAUCUUUGAAGCAAUUUUGAAGAGGAAGUUGACGGGGAAGCAUGAAGAGGAUGAUAAAAAGCUCAUGGAAGAAAUUCCGGGGAAGAGGCAGGAGGAGCCACUGAGUGACAUAGAUGACGAACAAGAGACUAAAUCUGAUUUUGAUGAAGGCUCUGACAGUGAUGGGUGA